AUGAGCAACAACAUCACGAACUGGGCUUAUCAGCAAGCGAUCAAGCUUCUGAACCCGAACAGAAACGACGACCAUACCGCCCAAGCUCCGGCCCCACAAGCCCCUCAAAAGCCGGAGAUAAAGCGUCACAAGAUUAGCCCAACUGAUUUCCCCGAAACCCCAAGCCUCCCUGCCCUCUCGGUGGCCGGCGAAAAGAACAAGCAGCGGCUGAGACUACAUCUACUAAACAAUGAAUUGGUACUGCUCGCCUGUCGCCUUGCCAUAAAACCAGAGGAAAUGGAAUACCGCCAAUUCUUGGUCACCCAGAUGCGCGGAAUAGUCCUGGACUUCUGCAAGGCCCGAAACUUGGCGCAAGAUGCAAUCACGUUGAGAGUGGUUGGCUCACAUGCCUUCAGUUUAGGCAGGCACAACAGCGGGCUGGAUUUGGAGUUCAGGACCGACAAUACUGGAGUGAAAGCUGAGCAAAUGCUGGAUUCGUUUAGCAUGUGGAUGAAGCAUGGGGCCAAUCAGACCGCGAAUACCUUGCUCAACCUCAACAGAAUGAGGAAGGGAGGUGACGGAUUGCGCCCCUAUGUUCAGGUACCAACCCGGUUCGGAGGUGUCAGCGUUUUUCUUCGCGUCAACGUCCCAAACGCGGCUGCCGCCGCUGCCAGCUUCCGAACCUACCUUAAACAGAAUCGCGAGGACUUGCAAUAUCCAUUGAUGUUGGUUCUCGCAUACUACUUCGAGUCGCGCUUCUUCUUGGAUCCCGAGGACGGUGGCAUCAACAUGUUCUGUCUUGCACAUAUGGUUGUGGCAUCCGCACAGAGGGAACACCGACCCAAAAACCUAAACCUGUGCGAUACGUUCAUGGACUUCCUGCAGUUUUACUCGGGGGUGUACCAGGCACAAUCCAUGGCCAUCUUCAUCCGGCCAAACUUCGUCUUCGUUCACCGGAAACACACCGCGACCAACGCCAAACCCAAACCUCCCCCACCGGAUCGCAAAAGUCUCACCAGCAAGCAGCCCAUCCAGAUCCUGGAACCUCACGACCCUGAAAACGACAUGACGGCGGGCGCAUGGCGAUGGGAGGAAAUGCGGUGCGAGCUCAUGAGUAUCUCCGUCAUCGUCAAGGAGCGGUUGGAGCUGAACACCAUUAGUGGCAUCAACAGCAGCUUGACGAAUGGGGUCUUGGGAGGGUUCAUUCCGCCCCCGCCGCGGGUGGUGCAGGAUUACCGAGACGCAGUGGCGAGGGUAUGGGUGAAAGCCUGCACGCUUCACGAUCCCAACACUCCGGAAUUUUUGACCUUCUUGGCCAGCGAAGCGCCGGUGGUCCCCAUCACCCAAUCUUCCGCCCAACCGCCUGUAAAAAUCGAAACCAUCUCCUUGAUCUCGGAUGAUGAGGCCGACGAAAAUGAUGGUCACCCUCUAGGCCCCGUCGGUGGAAUGGCUCGAUAG